CCAAUUACGUGUCUGUUGACGUGUUACUUAACCUGUAGUCAUUGAUAAAAGCUGUUGCUAAGUGUUAUGGUAGAUAUGGCAUCGAAAAAGGAUUCAAAGGACAAUGGAAAUCUGCCGGUGAAAAUCAACAAAUGGGAUGGGGCAGCUGUAAAAAAUGCUCUAGAUGAUGCUGUGAAGGAGGUCAUCACCAGGAAGUACAAUUACUCUGAGAAUUUCUCACUAUUGGACAUGAGACUCGGAAUCUGUGGAAUUGCUGUUGGAGUUUCCAGUAUUGCACUCCUCUGGGAUUAUCUCUAUCCAUUUCCAGCAUCCAGGCAUAUCCUAGUAACGUGUGUCUCCAUUUAUUUUGUCCUCAUGGCUAUCCUGAAUCUGUACACCACCUACAAGGAAAAGGGGAUUUUCCUCGUGGCUGUUCAGAGGGAUCCAGCUGGUUACGAUCCUGACUGCACCUGGGAGGCAUCCUCGUACCUCAAAAAGUACGACGACAUGUACAAUCUGGUGUUGUCUGUGAAGAACGAGCAGACAGGGGUCAUCAAUGAGACACAAUUUACGAAGUCAGUGGCCAACUUCAUCGAUGUCAAUGGUAUUGUCAUCCCUGAGCUGGUGGAAACAGCUGUUGCUAAUCUCCAUGACAGUCUGACGAGUCAACGCAAGGACAAGUAGUACAUCCUCAUAGGUCAUUCAUAAUCAAUUAAUCUUGUCAUCCAGAAAAUUCUCGAUGAUCUUGUCUGAAGUCGUUUUAUUUCAUAUCGCUUUCAGCUUUUUGUAAGAUACAGUCAAAAUAAACGAAUGAUUUUACAGUGA